ACCCGUAAGACAAACGUUUGGGUUAGUACUGUUUGUCCUCGCUGCCAGUCCGUAGUAGGCCUUGACACGAAUGAAAGCUCACAAACUACCAAAGGCAACAUCAUGUCRGCGGACACCAAAAUCGCAGAGCUUUUAACAGAGCUCCAUCAACUCAUAAAGCAGACGCAGGAGGAGCGGUCGCGCAGUGAACACAACCUGCUCAACAUCCAGAAAACACAYGAGAGGAUGCAGACUGAGAACAAGACCUCCCCUUAUUACCGGACUAAGCUGAGGGGACUCUACACCACAGCCAGAGCAGACGCUGAGGCAGAGUGCAGUAUUCUUCGUCAUGCUCUCGACAAAAUUGCAGAGAUCAAAUCCUUAUUGGAGGAGAGGCGAAUAGCGGCUAAGAUGGCAGGGGUGAACAGCGACAAUGACCCCCCCAGGAAGACCAUGCGGAGGGGGGUGCUGAUGACGCUGCUCCAACAGUCAGCCAUGACGCUCCCGCUGUGGAUUGGCAAGCCAGGAGACAGUCCUCCUCCCCUGUGUGGGGCGAUGCCAGCCAACAGUGACUAUGUGGCCAAGCAAGGGGACAAGGUGGCAGCGCGGGUCAAGGCCGUGGACGGAGACGAACAGUGGAUCCUGGCCGAGGUGGUCAGYUACAGCCACUCCACCAACAAGUACGAAGUGGAUGACAUUGAUGAGGAAGGAAAAGAGAGACACACCCUGAGCAGGCGGCGUAUCAUCCCCCUACCCCAGUGGAAGGCCAACCCAGAGACGGACCCGGAGGCCCUGUUCAGUAAAGACCAGCUGGUACUGGCCCUCUACCCUCAGACCACCUGCUUCUACAGAGCCCUCAUCCACACACACCCACACCGGCCCCAGGACGACUACUCAGUGCUGUUUGAGGACACGUCGUACGCAGACGGCUACUCCCCGCCCCUCAACGUAGCUCAGAGAUACGUGGUGGCCUGCAAAGAGAACAAAAAGAAGUAAAGAAGAGACUGAUGAAGAGGAGAAGAAAGAGAGGAGUCAGGAGAAAUCAAGGGGACUGUGACUGAAGAUACUGUAUUUUGUCAGACUUGACAAGUGUUCCUAGACAAGUGUUUCCAACCACCCCCCUCCCCAGAAUAACAAUGGAUUCCAUACCUUAGCCACACGUAUGGACACACUGAGGGCGGGUUUUAAAUAAAAUAACAUCAAAUCAAACUUUACUUKUCACAUGCGCCGAAUACAAGUGUAGACCUUGUAAGAUGCUUACUUACAAGCCCUUAACCAAAGGUGCAGUUCAAGGAGAAUUAUUAAAAUAUUUACCAAAUAAAGUAAAAAGUAACACAAUAACAUAACAAUAACGUGGCUAUAUACAGGGGGUACCGAU